AUGCAUAGCGAUCCCAACAAUCCGGUCAGCAAUCCCAUUCCGAAUGUCGAAUGCUGCCUCAGCAGAGAGGAAGCAGUCAACACGUCCGAUUAUCGGUGUUCCGUUUGCAAGAAGUAUUUUCAAACUGCUCACGGCUUAGAGGUGCACGUGCGACGUAGCCACAUCGGCGGCAGACGCCCGUUCGAGUGCUUCUCCUGCGACAAGACGUUCGGCCACCAGUCGAGUCUGACGCAGCACCAAGUGACGGUGCACAACCACGAACGCACUUACAAGUGCCCCCAGUGUGAAAAAUCAUUCAAGAGGUCCUCCACCCUCUCCACCCACAUGCUCAUCCACAGCGACACCCGACCCUACCCCUGUCAGUACUGUGGGAAGAGGUUCCACCAGAAGUCUGACAUGAAGAAACACACCUACAUACAUACUGGCGAGAAACCGUACGUAUGCAGGCAGUGUGGAAAGGCCUUCAGUCAGUCAUCCAACCUAAUCACCCACAGCAGAAAGCACAGCGGCUUCAAGCCGUUCUCGUGCAAACUCUGCGUCAGAGCCUUCCAACGCAAGGUAGACCUUCGUAGACACAUGGAGACGCAGCACUCA